GAGAGAGGGGGAGAGAGAGAGAGGGAGGGAGAGGGAGAGUUUACCCUUUCAUUCCAACCAAUGAGACGCUCGAUACACUAACAUUUUCAUAGUUGUGCAGGAGCACAAAGUGAGCUGACUGUGUGAACUUCCAGGUAAAACUGCAGACCGACUCAAGCUCCUGAUACUCAGGUCUUCUCCUCUUUAAGCCCUCGAGGCCGCUCCUCCAGGCUUUGAUGCCCACACUCUUUGACGCAGGUGGACAGACACAGGCAUGAGUAACAGUGGGACCAAAGAGCCGUCUCCCCAGCCGAGCACCGCCCAGUCACCUCCUGAGCCUCAGCGCAGGGGCAGGGGUCGGCCACGGAAACAGCAGCAGGAGCCUGUUGGACCACCAACCCCAAAGCGACCGAGAGGACGACCGAAAGGCAGCAAGAACAAAGGCCCCAGAACUGCACUGAAGAAAGUAGAGCACGUUGGGGAAAGACGACCACGUGGGCGACCGAGGAAAUGGCCCCAGAAAGUAGUCCAAGAAGUAACUGAAGAGCAGCAGGGCCCUUCAGAAGAGGCUGAGGAGGGUCCCUCGCACCUUGAGCCCUCGACAUCUCAGGUUCCAGCGCAGGAGGAAGGGGAGUAGAUAGGAUACCUCUCUACCUACCUCAAGGUUUGGCCUCAAACAAACGGGGGUUCAGUCUGACUCCUAUCUGUGAUGGGGAUUCAGGAUCACACACACACACACAUAAACACACACACACACACAAACUCAUUGCAGUGGUUUCUUCUCCAGAUCUGAUGCUGUACCCUGGUUUUAUUGGUUCACGAUAAGAGUUUGGUGAGCAAACUCUGUUUUAACAUUGAUGGAUGUAAUCUUUGGCUAUCGCUCUUUUUAGGGGAAUAGUUCCACAUUUUGGGGAAGAUUGAUGCCAGUCUCACGUCUGUAGGAUGACUGGCCGCAGCUGAUCGGCUUAGCUCAGCACAAAGACUGGAAGCAGGGGGGAACAGCGAGCCCGCCUCGAUCUAAUGGUAGCAAAAUCUGCCUACUGGCGCCUCUCAGGCUCCCUAGCUAACAUCUCGUUUGUUUAGUCCGUACACAAACCUAAGUGUGAAAAUGACAGUUUUGUUUUUCGGGGGUCAUGUGCCUUUUGAGUUUUAGAGGUGCUGGUAGGUGGGUUUUGCUGUCUUCAGACAGAUUCUUUCCAGUCUUUUUGCUGAUGCAUUUGUUCUACCAAUUGUCUCAUCUAAUUCUAGGCAUGAAAGCCAAGAGGCGUGCAGUAUUUCCCAAAAUAUCCAACUAUUAACCAUAAAGGAUAACUUUCGUUUUUUACAACCUGGACUGUAUUUUUAGCAUUAAAUACGACCAUUUAC